AUGGCGACAUCAACCUUCCCUCGGCUGCCGGUCCCUCACGGUGACUUGGUCAAGCACAUCGCCAACCACCCAGCGACCCCCAUGGUUGAGCUUCUCCAGCCUUACCGUGAAUAUGAGGCUCGUCUUCGUCAGGCAUACGCUCAAGAGCCGGACUCUGAGCUGCUCAAGGACCCCUACGUCAAUGUCCUGCCUCUCUUCACAGACAACACCUCCAACAUCAAGAUGCGAGCCCGAAACCUUGAGGCCGAAGCCGAUGAGGAGAAGGCGCGCUACAUCAUGCCUCUUCCCAAAGACAUGCGCCGCGCAGACCAGUCUCCCGCUGUUGUCCAGUCCCAUCAGGAGUUCCGCAAAAACUUCAACAUCUUCUCCGAGUCUUCUCUUGUCGAGUUGAACUGGGACAAUGUUGUUGCCGCUGGCUCCUCCGUUGUCAACUGCAUCUUGCCUGUUCCCAAGAAGUACAGCGGUUCCAAGAGGUUGAUGCGCGAGUUCUACCAUGAAAAGUUCGCUCCUGCUUCUGAUGUCGAUCUGUUCUUGUAUGGCCUUACCGAGGAGCAGGCGAUUGACAAGAUCAAGGAGAUUGAAAGUGCAGUCAGGGACGCGCUGCUUUGCGAAACUACCACUGUCAGAACCAAACAUGCUGUUACUAUCUGCAGCCAAUAUCCCACCAGACACAUCCAGAUCGUUCUUCGCAUCUACAAGUCGGUGUCUGAAAUACUCACCGGCUUUGACAUCGACUGCUCCGGCGCUGCAUAUGAUGGCAAGCAAGUCUAUUGCACCCCUCGCGCUCUGCAGUCCUACAUGACUCAGACCAACCACAUCGACCUUACCCGCCGCAGUCCAUCCUACGAGAACCGCCUUUCCAAGUACAGCCGCAGAGGGUUCGAGGUCUACUGGCCUGAGCUUGACCGUUCUCGCAUUGAUCCUACCAUCUUCGAGCGGAGCUUUAUGAGAACUCUGGGUCUUGCCAGACUUCUCGUGCUUGAAAGACUGCCAACUGCCAAGGCUAGAGACAACUAUGUCGACCAACGCCGCCAGGAAAGAGGCCGCCCUGCUCUUAACCGAUUCAUGCGCAAGAACUUCCGCGCUAUGGGUGGAAACAUCAAGGACGACUAUGACGAUGAGAUCGCGGAUUGGGUCAACGAGGAGGAAGUGUCCAACUACCACACCUUCACCAUCCCUUAUGGCCCCAAGUUCCACGCCAAGAAAAUCGAGAAGCUUUGCUACACCAGGGAUCUCUUGCUCAAUGCCGAGUGGAACCAGCGCGAUGAUCGGACCGUGUACUUGCACCGUCAUCCUGCCUUUUUUGGCCGCUUCAGUGACGUUGUCGAAGACUGCUGCGGAUACUGCCCAGUUCCCCAAACCGAUGAAGAGAAAGAUAUCGCCGAAGAGGAGGCUAAGAUCUACGUCUCUGGCAGAAUCUCCUUCAUCAAGGACGACCCCGGAAGACAGCAGAUUGGCUCCUUCAACCCUUUGACCGACGAUGACUGGACGGAAAUGGCCUAUAUCGGCAACACUGCCAGGCUGUGCCAGGCCAUUGUCGAUGGGGACGUUGAGCACGUCCAAGACUGGCUUUCUCAGGAGGACGCCGAUCCCAAUACCAGGGACCACACUGGCAGGACUCCCCUCCAUCUUGCUGUCAUUUCCUCUUCGCCGGAAGUGGUUCGUGCUCUCGUUGAGGCUGGUGCACGCCUUACCGCGCGUCUCGCGGACGGAAGAACUGCACUCCACCUCGCCGCUUCUCGUGGUGAUCUGGAGAUCAUCAAGAUCCUCAUGAACAAGAGCAACACCAACGAGGAAACAUUUGAGGAACUGGAAGACCAGCGUCGCAAGGCCAGGGCUGCACUUCGGGAACAAAAGACGGAGAAGAUGGAUGUCGACGAAGAAAAUGAGGACGACUCGGAAGACAUUGAAAUGAUUGAAGCGAACGACGCCGAGACCGAUGCUGAUGGCGAUAAGAUGAGCAUCGCGACAGGCUCGUUUGUCAAAAUUGACAAGACUGCCGAGACGCCAGCACCUGAUGGCACACCCCUAGCCGAAGAUGAGCAAGGCCCCGACUUCUACGACGUGAACCAAGUUGCAUGGGAUAUUCCGUGCUCAGCAUUGCACUUCGCCAUUCUGGAGGGACACGAUGAGGUUGUCAAGCUUUUGUGUCAAGAGUACGGAGCCGAUGUCUUAUUGCCGGUCAAGUUCCUUAAGGACAACAACAAGGCCCUCCUGACGCUGGUUCUCGUCAUGGCCCUUCCCAUUGAAAAGGCAAAGUCCAUGGCUCAGACGCUUCUCAGCCUUGGUGCUACGGUUGCCCAGGCAGACAUGAACAGUUGCACUGUCUUCAACCGCUACGUGGAGCGGAAUGCCAGGACGCUCCUGGACCUGGCCUAUGAGCUCGACAAGGCAGGCUACAAGACCGCAAUCAACCACGUCUUGGAAGGCAACCUGGGCAUGGUUGUGAAGCUCCUUGAAACGGGCGCUGUGCCGGAGAUUGACUUUGAGACCUGGCUCAAGAGCGCCAGGCAAUCGGCCAUGCAGAACCGCCUCGGCGACUUUGAGAGCAACAAGCGAUUGUUCCAAGAAAAUCUUGAUCGCCCAUUGAUUGCUGCCCUACAGUCCAAGGAGCCUGGAAUUGCGCUUGAACUUUUGAACGGGCUAAGGGCCCUUCGCAAAUACAAAGGAGAGAACACGAAGCUCGAGGAGCCCCAGAAGCGCCUAGGACUGGACACCUAUCUUGAACGAUUCAAGGAAGGCACCUACCAGCACUGGGCGGUAGCCACCGCAGUCAAACUUGAGAAAUGGCAAGACGAGAGGGCGCGGAAGGAGUAUGAGAAAGGCCUCGAAUGUCUUGCCAGAACGGAGGGUAUUUCUGAGAAGGAGCAGGCUAUCAAGGACGCCAUUGCGACGCUGGAGAAAAUCGAACAGAGCAUCAUUUCCAAGGGCGGCAAGACAUUCAAGGAGCUCCAUCCAGACCGCAAGGAGGACGGCAAUGAUGACACCAGCAGCAGUCAUUAUGGGUACUAUAAUUACAGUCAUGGCAACGACCCUUCCAAGAGAGAGCCGUAUCACUAUGACUUCGUGUUCACGGGUGUUCCGGAUAUGACUGAAACAAAGCAGGCCGCCUAUGUGGAGCUUUUUGAGGCGGUAUGGAAUGGCGAUCUCGACAAGGUUAAGAAGUUUACCUUGACUUCUUGGGACGACGCCAAGCAGCAGCCGCCACUUAAGAUUGCCGUCGAGGGUCAUAACGGACACAAUCCCUUCACUCUGGCAUUGCACCGUGGUCACUACGACCUCGCCAAGGCGGUGCUGGAGAUUGCCCAGGCGCAAUACUCGCCUCCGGAGAAGACCAAGACCCGUUACACGAUGAACAAGAGUGGCGAGGCCGACGAGGAUGAUGAUGAGGAUGACGACGAUAGUUGCUCGGACGACUCUGGACCCAAAGUUGUGAGCGAGACUGUCGAUGAUCAGUUUACUAUUGACACCAUCGGCCAGGUGUCCAUGCAGGUAAAGAGUCACACGUUACCGGUGAAUCUGCUCAAGGGCAGGACGGCCACCAGCAAUUGGAACGGCGGCAGAUGGGGAAAUCGCCAGAUUCUGGUCAACGGCGAGGACACGUGGGAUCCGCUGACGCAUGCCGUCGAAAGCAACGACUUGAAGCUCCUGAAGUUCGUGCUCGAUAUGGGCGAGCACUUUGGAUCCCUGCAGCUUGACCCGGCCACGGAGCCUCCCAAGUUCUUCUCGGUGCCAGAUGCUGUCUUUGCCAGCGCCAUUGGCAAGGGACGCAUCGAGAUCAUGACUGAGCUGAUUAGACGUACUGGUGCGGGCUUGCCGUUGGAGCACCUGGUGGAAGGAUCCGGUGUCGAGCUUAAGGAGCAGCCGCGUUACUACCAGGGCCUGUCGGUUUAUGGAAAGAAGAGAAAAGAUUGGGCGAAUGCCGGCCGGGAAGUGGCUCAACAACCUCGCGACGAGAAUUCCACAACGUCUCCUCUGCUGAGAGCUGCAGAAAACCGCUGCAUUGAGAGCAUCCAGUGGUUCCUGAGCGAUGCUCCGUUGAGACAUUACCUUGAGUUCGCCAAGUCCAAGGGUGCUCAGGAAGACCCGAGGAUGCAGCACUUGGGACGAGCCCCCGGGGGCUUGGAGGGUGCGAUUGCUAGGUGGCUUGAUGACCAAGGUGAGUUUCCCGUCAACAUCAACAAUAUCGAGAAAGAAGCUAACAAGCAAACAGGCGAGUUGGUCAUUCAUGCCGUCAUCACCAACUCUGGCGGAGUUGACGUUAGUGAUCUGGUCUCGUAUCUCAUCAAAGCUUGUCCCGAUGCUUUGGAGGCCAAGUCGCACGACAACGUGACGCCACUGAUACAGGCCAUUUACAUGGGUCGUAUUGAACUCGUCAAGCUCUUGCUGGAAGCCGGCGCAGACCCGAACGUCAAGACUAGCUCGUGGAAGAAUAUUCUGCACGCCGCAUUGCACCAUUCGCCACCGGCUGACAAGUUCAAGGAACUACUAAGCCUCUUCGACCGCGAGGCCAUCAUCCGGAUGAUCGCUGAGCGUUCCAGCCUGGCCAGUGAUGGCCGCACCCCACUCCACCAAUGGCUCAAUGACAUCGGAAGGAACGAAGACUAUGACAAGUCCAUCGCCGUCUUUAACCUCCUCGCUGAGAUGUCAUCUGAGGCGGUGACCACGGCACUCAACUUGCUCAACGCUUCCGGCGACACCCCUCUGCAUGACAUGCUCAAAGCCAGCCACCACAGCUCCAAGAUAAUCCGAGCCGUGCUGGACUUCCAGCCCAGCCUGCUCUUCCGUGAGAACGCCGUGGGCAGGACCCCGGUCGAAGUGGUCCACGACGAGCUCAUUUCCAGCCGAGUAACGUCAGACGACGGACAUCAGAGGCACUAUCGAACAUACGGAUAUGGGAAUGAUGGCUACCGCAACUUGAUGGCAGCGAAGCCUAAGGCGUUCAUCGCCCUCGUGAAAUCUGACCAAGAGACGCGGAGCCGCGAGCACUGGCAUCAUAAGAACGACCAGAAUACCCGAAUGUGGGCUUUGUGCCAGGAGUAUCUGGCCAAACUAUCCAGCACUCUUCCGCCAUCUUGUUCCCCUUCCCCUCACACUGAAGGCGAAACGCCAGGGCAUGCCCGGGGCCAAUCCCCUUCCAAACGCCGCAAGCUCACGACGGAAACCGAAGGCCGUCUCAACGCACACAUCAUGGCCGCCAACAAGUUGAAAGAGAAGCGCACGCUCGUCUCCCUUCCCGAAGCCAACGACGUAGCCAAGCGUCUGGGCGAAAUGAAGAUGGGAUCCAAGUACAAGUACCAACUUGCCCCCGAGAAUGAAGAGGAGGAGGAGGAUGAUGUGAAGCGGUUCGCGGACGACGAGACCCCCUUCGCUUCCAAGCCCGACCGUCGCACAUGGGGUGAUGGUGUCCGGUUUGGAAAGUGGAGGAGGGGACAGGGAGAGAAGCAGACGCCGAGGAAGAGUUACUAUGUAAAUGGCAAUGUGGCUUGGAAGGAUGUGAGGAAGAGCGAUGAAGCGAAGGAGGAAAAGGAGGAGUGGUUCCAGUGCAAGUAUUGCGACGAAUAUCAUACGAUGUCGGGGGAGAAGUAUCCGAACAACCGUUGGGGAUGA